AUGGCUGCCCGCCGCCUCCUCCUCAACACCAUGAAGCAGAUCUGCCUCUGUGCUGCUGCCUCCUUCGCGAGCCAGGACUGGACCAAGAGCGAUGAGAAGCUCCUGCAAGCUGUGGACUACAAUGAUGCCGGGAGGGUGACAUCUCUCCUCGUCCGCAAGGGCCUGGUCCCCACCAAGCUGGACUCGGAGGGCAAAUCCGCGUUCCACCUGGCCGCCAUGCGGGGAAACGUGGACUGCCUCGAAGCCAUGCUGGCUCACGGCGUGGAUGCCAUGACCAAGGAUAGCUCGGGUUACACUGCCCUGCACCUGGCGUCCAAGCAUGGCCACCCACAGUGCGUCAGCAAGCUGUUGCAGGCCUCCUGCCCUGUGGACGUAGCCGACGGCAGCGGCCAAACAGCGCUGCACCACGCAGCGGUCAGCGGCUGCAUCUCGUGCUCGGAGAUCCUCUGUGAUUUUAAGGCUCCCUUGAACAUCAAGGACAAGGAUGGCUCCACACCGCUGAUCCUUGCUGCUAAGAUGAGCCACUCAGAGCUGUGCCGGUACCUGCUGCACCGCGGCGCGGCUGUCAACAGCCGGGACCUGCAGGGGAGGACAGCCUUGAUGCUGGCCUGCGAGAACGGCAGCGUGGAGACGGUGGAGGUGCUUGUCAACGCCGGUGCCCGGGUGGCCGUGGUGGACUCCACAGGUCACGAUGCCGCGCAUUACAGCCUGGCCACGGGCAACGCUCUCAUCCAGCACUUCCUGCAAGAGGCUGCUCAGCGCCAGUCCUGGGCCAGCGAAGAGGAGUCAACUGAGCAGACGUCCCAGACGUCUUCGCCCAGCCAGUCAUCCAUCAGGGAGAAGAACAGCACCCCGAGGAAGAGGAAAGCCCCUCUGCCUCCCCUGGGCACCCCCAGCCAGGAGGACCGGGACGCCUACGAGGAGAUUGUACGGCUGCGGCAGGAGCGGGCCCAGUUCUUGCAGAAGAUCCGGGGCUUGGAGCAGCAGGAGAAGCAGAGACGGGAGCGGGCAGAGCUGGACAAGGGCUCCCUGCGCUCCAUGGAGAAGCAGAUCCAGGAGCUGGAGGAGCGGCUGGCGGUGCGGGAUGGUGAGAAGGAGCGUCUGGGCAAGGAGGUGGAGGCUCUGUUGAGCCGCUUGUCCUCACUGGAGAACGAGAAGGAGAACACGAGCUAUGACAUUGAGACACUGCAGGACGAGGAGGGAGAGCCGCUUGAGUUCCCAGGGGCAGAGCUGCUGCUCUCCAAGAAGACACUGAGCCCCUCGGCCGAGGAGCUGCUGGCUACGCUGCAGGGGCAGGUGCAGUCCCUCACCGUGCAGAACAAGGAGCUGAGGGAGAAAAUACAGGUGCUGGAGAACUACGAGCGGGACGAGAGCAACCCGUCCACCCCGGGGGACUUUGUGCCCGCCAGCCUCUACAACGCUCUCCAACGCGAGCUGGAGCGGUUGCGGGCGCAGUGCUUGGAGCCGCCGCGGGGCACGGAUGCGAGGGACGAGGCUGGUGGGCAGCCGGAGGGGCAGACCGGUGCCUCGGAGCGAGCCCCGGAGCAAAUCGGGGAGGGGUGUGCAGCGCAGCGGCUCGCCGAGGAGCCGGCCUGGACCUGGGGCGAGUGCAAGGCUGCGCUGGGCGAGCUGCAGGUGCCGCACACGCAGACCUCCUCCUCCACGGCUGCGCGGGAGGCCGACGCUGAGCUGCUGGUCAGGGACAGGGACAGGAAGAUCACUGAGCUCUCUAAGGAGGUCUUCAGGCUGAAGGAAGCCCUGAAUGCCCUCCCCAAGUCCCGGGGAGCGCCGCAGUCACCCCCCGACACUGCCGCGCUCCAGGCCAGGAUCCGUGCGCUGGAGGAGAAGCUGGAGGAGACAGAAAUGCGGCACAGCAAGGUGGUGACGCUGUACCGGAGCCACCUGCUCUACGCAGUGCAGGGCCACAUGGACGAGGACGUGCAGAGACUCCUGUGCCAGAUCCUGAGGAUGCAGCGGUUGCAGGAGCAGGGCAGAUGAGCCCCUGCCAGCACGGCCGUGCCGCAGGGGUCGGUGGCACAGCCGGGGACACGGCCGGGCCCGUGAUAGCACCCUCUGUGCCCCUUUGCUUCUCUGGGCAGCACCCUGUCACUGGCACACACACCCUCACACCCACCCGGCCCUGGGGGCCUGUGCCAGCCCCC